GCUAGGCGGCGGGGUGGGCGGAGCUGGGCGCGCGUUUUCCAGCUGAUGACCCUGAUGGCGGCUGUGGGUGGUGGGCUGGAGGCAGCGACCCUGCAGAAGCUCGCGCUGCGGCGGAAAAAGGUGCUGAGCGCCGAGGAGAUGGAGCUGUACGAGCUGGCGCAGGCAGCGGGCGUCGCCGUCGACCCCGACGUGUUCAAGAUCCUGGUGGACCUGCUGAAUCUGAAUGUGGCCCCCCUCGCCGUCUUCCAGAUGCUCAAGUCUAUGUGCGCCGGGCAGAGGCUGGCAAGCGAUCCCCAGGACCCUGCAGCUGUGUCUCUGCCCUCAUCCAGCGUCCCCGAGACUCGAGGGUGACUAUCUGGAACCUUCUGAAAUGUAGCAGAACCUCCCAGGCCAAUGGAAAGAGGACCUGGGCUGGGUUCCUUGCCUGGAAACAUUCCCACACCCACACAGACAUCCUGAGGAGGGGCAGAGGGCAAGCCAAGCCCUUAUGGGGAGGUGGGCCAGGACCCUGGGAAUCCUCAAGUCCUGGCCAAAAAGGCCCUGGGCAAUGGCAUCUAGGCCACCUCACUGACCCACCCUCUGUCUCCUGUCUUUGUGUCUCUUUCUCUGACCUCCAGAGGCUUCCUUUCUCUCUGCCAGGAACAGUACCCCCCCUGCAAGGUCUUCCUUUUCCUCAGCCCUGCGGCCUGCGGCCUCUCCAGUUCUGCUCCACAGCUCAGAUGCCAUGCACUCACCUCUCUCUCCCAGGCCCCCUGCUUCCCUCCGGUUCUCUUGCUGCCUGUUCUCUCCUUUCACAGGUUGCGUUUAUUGGCUUAUCUCUGGGGGUUGGUGUGCUGUCUUGUAUCUAUGGAAACUGCCAAUUGCCCCACAAGAUCAGAGCAGCUUUGAGCUGCAAGAGCAGGACCACGUGGGCUAUAUCUGCCACACAGCUUAGAACUAGGUCAUGCUUUCUGGCUUGGUUUACUAAAGACACUAUUUGUACAACAUGUAGUCAAGCUAAUGUCAAGGAGGGGACCAACACUUCUGUGUUCAAGACUAACUCCAGUGGGUGAGAUUUGCAUGAUGUAAAGGGCCCCACUCCAGGGGGAGGACAGCAAGCUGAGGGCUGGGGAACAGGCAGCAUGGGGCACCAAUGGAAACAUAGCCUCAGUUGUGAGAAGCACUUCAGCCUCGUAGGUGCUGUCCAUUACCUGGCCGGUAGGUCUGGAGGAUGGAAUGGAUGCCAUGCCUCUCCCCAGCCUUCUUGGCAGCACAUAAGAAUGAUAUGUGCUUGUUCCAUAAGUCACACUUGCAAACUGAGUCCCCUUUCCUGCUUCAUUCCUGGGCUGUGGCACCUUCCAUGUGUUAAGUGUGUUGUGACUGGGAGCUCAGGACUGGAAAGGUUGCUCCCUCCUCCAUGCCCUCCCUACACUGCCCACCUCAGGGCGGUGCCCAGGAUGGGAGGGUGGACUACAGGCUGAGAUGACAAAUUGCCAGGUGAGUUUUCAAAAGUAGGGAGAAACUGAGAACAGGGUUUCCUUACUCUAGAGGAUGUUGAUACUCACUCAGUGACUCCAGCUGCUCGGCACAGCCCUUGGCACCAAAGGCACAGAGGGAACAUGAGAUGGGCAUGACUUGGGUGUAGUUAGAGGUGGCUAGAUAAACUGACAGUGGUGGAGAAGUGGGGAGAUGUGGCCUGCCCAGACACAGGAGGCCCAGACACAGAGCAGCAGAGGUUAAGCAAAAUAGGGAUAGGAGGGGCCAGGGACAGGGCCCCUGCAUCUCUGCCAGAUGGUGUGGGUACAGGGGCACUGAGUGAGGCCAGGCAGAGAUGCAGGACAGUGGUGUCUUUUGUGUCCAGGCCACUGGCAGGUGGGGGAGGGAGAAAGUGGAGAGUGAGGAGGUGUAUGGAAGCAAGGCAUGGAGGGCUUAGGAGGAUGGGGGACCUGAUGUGAAUGAAUGGAAGCUUCAAGGGAAGUGGGGAGGAAACCUCAAGCAUGAGGCCUGGAAUGGCCUCCACAGUGUUGUUGGAUGUCAGGGCCCCAGUCCUACAGCAUAGCCCAGGCCCUGGCCCUGGGGUGACACCUAGGCUCUGGGGAAAUGCCCUGUGAGGGGAAGAGGGGAGCGGCACAGAGUUAGGCUUCUACACUCUCCUAGUGUGCUUCAGCUGAGAAACCACCAGAUAAGGUGCAGAAGGAGCUCUGAGGCCUGUUUUAGCACCCAUCCCCCAGGCCACCCCAUAAAUGACAAAAUCUAGGGUGGAGAAAAUAAGGGAAUGGUCAAAGUGUUGGUGUUGUGGGAGUGUGAUGUGGGUUCAGGACCAUUGGAGUUGCUGACCAUGGGUUUCCCACAGGACUCAAGUACAAAGUUGCUCCAGGCCAUAGGUCCGAACCUUAUUCAGGCUCGAGUCUAAAAGCACAUGAAGUCUACAGCAAAGCACAAUGGGGCCAUCUGAGUGGCCUCCAGGGACUCAUGCCCAGCAGAGAAGGGGAAAACAGAAAACCCAGAAGCACAAAGUAGUAUUAGUCACAGUGAGGAUCUGCAGUCACUGGGGAAAAGUUAAAUUCAUUUCAGUAUUCUGAUUAGGUUUAAGGAAACCGCAUUUUGAAGAUGUCCCUCCAGACAUGUAAGGAGAAGUUAGGUGUGUAGAAGGUGUGAAUGUCACACAGCUGUGGUGUCCAGUAAAGGAGUCAUGAGCUAUGCAUGGCCAGUGUUGCUGAGGGACACUGUAUGUGUAAGUACACACUGGACAUUGAAGAGCUGGAACAAAAAAUGAAUGCAACACCUUAUGAAUAUAUGUUGGCUAUAUACUGAAAUGAUAAAAUAGUCAUCCCUCAGUAUUUGUGAGAGUUUGGUUCUAGGACACACACACACACACACACACACACAAAACUGCCAUGAGUAGCAAAAUCUUCGUCAAGUUCUUUAUAUGAAAUGAUAUAGUAUUUGCAUAUAACUAACUUAUGCAAAUACAUUUUAAAUGUAUUUUAUACAUUUUAAAAUGUAAAUUACCUAACAGGACUUUAAAGUGAUUUUUAGGUUGUUUUACUUUAGGGUCCUGAGGAUAGAACCCAUGGCUUAUACCUGGUAGGCAAGUGCUCUACCACUAAGCCACACUCCCAGGCUGUAUUGAUUUUUCUUAGAGAUGGAGUCUCAUUAUGUUGCCCAGGCUGGCCCUGAACUCCUGAGCUCAAGUGAUUCUCCUACCUCAGCUUCCCAAGUAGUUUAGGCAGUAGGUGUGGGCCACUGCACCUGGCUUUCCUGUAUAAUCUCUACAAUACUUAGAGUAUUUAAUGUAAGUGCUGUGUAAAUAGUUGUCAUAUUGUUUAAGGAAUGAUAACAAGAAAAGCACUCCACAUGUUCAAUACAGGUGCAAUUUUUUUUCAAAUAUUUUUUGAUCCAUAGUUUGUUGAACCUGUAGAUGUGGAGCCCACAGAGGGCUUGUUAAUCAGAACAGAUGCUUGAAGUAAUUUCCCAUUUCUUUUUAGUAUGACUAUUAGAAAGUCUAAAAUUACAUAUGUGGCUUGAGUCCUAUUCCUGCAGCACUUCCAUGAUGGCACUUUUCUCACAAGGCCAAGGAAAGGUUGUGUGUGUGUUUUUUUUGUGCAAAUGCACAAGUGUUUGGAUGCAUGUACAGGGAAGGGCUCACUGGGCACAUCCACAUGAAAGGACACCUGGGAAGUGUAGGCUGGGUUGGAGUACUUGUGUGGGUCUCCAUCCUACACAUUUAUCUUUGCCACAGGCUUCUAUGUGUUCUUGAAGUAUUAAUUAGCCACUGUCAUGUGUGUGGCCAGAGGGCAGCAGUACUGGCUGGUGGCAGCACAGAUCUUCUGAGGCUACCCUGGCUUCCCAUCCUUCCUGGCCACCCGCAUUGAGGGGUAGCUGUGUGCUUUGCUUGAGAAACUGAUUGGCACCCACCAGGGCAGUUUGCAUGUGUGGGAAGGUUUUGGGGUGGCUUGCUAUGCUCUGCCGUCCAUUGUGAUACAGACCUAAUGCGGCCUCACCCUUCCUGCAGCAUGCACCCGGAGAAGAAUCUGUCAGGUUUUCCUACAGGCUCCAUAAUUCUUAACCUCUCCUUGUCCCCUUCUCUGUUUUUAUCCUGCUAAUGUCUGCUGGUCUGUGUCACCAGGAGAUGGGGGUCCCACUAUAGAAGGAGAAAGUCUACCCAAUGGGACCAACAGGAAGGGAUGAGAGAAGCAGGGCACACUGGGAAUUUAUUUUGUUUUUGUUUAGACAGGAUCUUGUUAUGUAACCCAGGCUAACCUUGAAACUCCUGAGUUUAAGGGAUCCACCUGCCUCAGUCUCUUGGGUAGCUGGGACUAUAGGGGUAUGCCACCACACCUGGCUACACUACUGUUCUUUACACAUCCUCACUCUCCACCAGCUCUGCCUCACCAGCCAGUCAUAUUUACAGGGGAUGGUGAAUUGAGGCUCAGAAAGGUCCCUCCAAAGGUAAAUAGUGGAAUAGUUCCUGCCCUGGCAUACUCCCCAGCUUCUUGGACUCCCCAAAUCAUGACACGUAGCUGACAGGCUGGUACAUUUUAGGGUUUUGUUCUUUCAUGGGAUCACAAAAUGCUGAGGGAUCAGGUUUCAGGGUGAGGAGCACUUUUUGUGUGUGUGUACCAGGGAUCAAACUCAGGACCUUGCGCUUUCAAGCCAGGCAUGCUGCCACAGCUAAAUCCUCGGCCAAGAGCACUCAUUUUUGAAGAGAAUAAGCCAGGAUAUUUUGAGAGGGCAUUCUUGGAACCAGGACUGGGAGCCUCAGUUGCCAUGACCCUCCUACCCCAUCUGACCCCUACCCUCCUGCAAGGGAGCUGGGCUUGACAAAGCUGGUCUUCCCAUCUUGAGGUACAGUUUGAGCUUCCCCAUGAAGUCACUGCAGACCAUUCUUCUUGGGGCUAGAAUCACACUCUUGACCUUUUUUGUUUGUUUUUUUAUUAAUAAAUUUUAUUUUAUUUUAUCCCA